AUGUUCUCUUCACUAAAUCGGCCUGCGGGCCAGUCAGUUUUUGGCGGUGGUACGACUAGCAUGUUUGGUCCAUCGCUCGGAAGUACCAACCAACCGCAACAACAGCAACAGCAGCAGCCCGCGCCUGCGCCUUCUCUGGGCCAGCAACUACCAAACGCCAACCCGCAGCUGGGCAGUUCAUUAUGGCAGCCGGGUAGCCACACAAGCUACCAGAAGCCGAUCCCGGAGCAGAUCAAACUGAUCACGGAGAAAUGGGACCCAACAAACCCCAACUGCGCCUUCAAGACGUACCUCUACAACAAGGUGGACGAGCACACGGUCCCGCUGUACGGGCCGGGCCCCAACGAGGACCCGAAAGAGUGGGAGGAGGCGCUGCAGCGCAAGCCGGCGCCCAACUACAUCCCCGUGCUGUGCGCAGGUUUCCCCUCCAUCAUUGCGCGCGUGACGCUGCAGCGGCGGGUGAUUGUCGAGUUCAACAACAAGCUACACGCCAUCAACGCGUCGCUGGACGCGAUCCUGUCCAAGCACGACCUCGAGCACACGGUACGGGCCUUCAACGCGCGCCGACGGCACGCCGAGCUGAGCAGGCGGUGUCUCGUGCUCGCGUCGCGCGUGCAGGUGCUGCGGAACCGCGGGUACGCGCUGAGCGGCGACGAGGACGAACUCAAGCAGAAGCUGGCCCGCAUCGACAAGCAUAUCCAAGACCCGGCGCUGAGCGCCCGCAUGGAGGAGCUGUGGAGCCGGCUCAUCAUCCUCCGGGGGUACGCUGACAACUUGAAGGACGAGAUCAACAAGCCUGGGUUUGCCGAGGGCGAUGGGCUGGGGGAGGAGAUUGAGGCCAAGGCGAAGAAGAUCCUUGAAGACUACGAGAAGCAGCUGCAGCAUCUCAAGAAGCAGGUUGAGGAGGCCAAGAAGGACUUUGAGGACUGGGAGAAGCAGCACAAUCCGACGCCGGCACCGGCAACAGCAGCCCAAUAGGCGAGGAGUAUCUGGUUGGGAUGAUACCCGAGAUGAGUUUGAGAAUAAUAUUAUUCAGCCUUGGGGAAGGCGUUGGCCCGGAACUGGCUCAUGGGGGUUGGUGUCACAUAGAUUUGGGACCCAGUAUCAGAAUUGAUGCACAACCAGUCACUGCUACGCAU